GUGUGUUAACCUACAACCAACCAGCUCUGUAAUGAGCCUGCUGUCUAACUCGGCCUGUGAGCAGGCCUUUUAGAACUGAAAACGACGAAAAGUUCAUUAUUUUUGGCUACAAAUAUGCCUCAUCUCCGGUGCUAUGUACAUACUCAAUUUCGUGUCCAUUAGGCUGUAUAUUCCGUAAGCGGUUACUGUGAUAUGUGCAAUCUUUCUCGGGUUCAAACCAUCGCCCAGGAAAGUCGCCAUUGAAAUUUUCAUUCCGAACACAUACAAGCUGUCAUCCAAAGAUCUUAACAUUCAUCUUGCCUUAAUCUUUCAUCUUGACUACCUGUACUCUAAGAGUGAAACUUGAUUGCCAAAUUGUGUAAGAUAUUAUCACUGCCUAUUACCAUAAUCUCAGAUUCAUAUCAAAACUUGAAGCUCGUACUAUUUAUGAGAUUAGUUGCUGCCUGUGGUUGUGUAACAUAUCUGUUAUAAAAUAUUUAUAGCUUAUUCAGCAUUUUAUAUCAAACAAAAAGGAUAUUUUACAGACAAACUAACCUGCUGGGUUCAAUGAGAAAGAUCAAGGAAACCCCAUUGGAGAACAAGUAUAAAUCCAAUAGGACACGGAUCCUUCAAAAGUUGGAUUUAUUUCCCUUGAUAAAGUUCCUCAGAACCGGCAGGAGUGCUGAAGCUAGAGGUAGUCAUUGCCUCUGAUCAACGAAUUGACAAAAAUCAGAAAAAGUGCCAAAUUCUCGGGGAGAUGCAAGAAGUGAGUAAACCUCAUGGGGCUCAGUGGAAUGCUGGAGGAAGUUGGGGAACAGGAUCAAACGCAGACGACGGAGGCUGGAGUCAAGGCCCUCCAGCUUCAGGUAGUGGCUGGACAGGGACAGUUGCUGGCACAGCUGCUGCAAAUGGAACUGUUCAUGAUACUGCAAACUGGGGAAAUGCGCAAGAUUUAGGUUCAGUCUCGGAUUGGCAGCAACCUCCCAAACCAAACAUAAUUGUAGACAGAAAUGAUAAAGAGGCCUGGCCAUCUAUUGGAGGUGACAAUUCUGAGAGUACUUCUGAGAAUGGUGAUGACAAUGCCUCUGUGAAAUCAGGAUCUGUGAUAUCUGUUUCGAGUAAUCAAGGCCAGACACAUGACAAAACUUCAGGUCCAAGUGCCAUUCAUAGUCAAAGUGCCUCCAGUUUAUGGAGCACUCCCAACUUUAAUGGAAUGGAUUCCAGCACCUGGAGUGGUGGAAUAGGCAUACCCAAUUCCUCUGCUGCCAAUAUCAGCUCUGUGAGCUGCAACAGUUCCAUGAGCUGGACAAACCCACUCUCUACAAGUCUUUCUUCGAAUAACCAAGGAUAUAAUGUGCAAAGCACAAGUAGUAGUGACUUCUCAAACCAAAUGAAUCUGAAAAGUGUCCCAAGUUCCACUGUUGCAUCUCGAACGACUGUGAGUGGAUGGGGUGUUAGUGGUGCCGCCCCUGGGGCCCUCACCCAGGCAGUUAGUCAAAAUCAAGGAGGGAACAGGCCACAAAGUACAGUGCAAAUACAGCAAUCAUCAACACCUCGUACCAUAGUUGGUGGUGGUAAUGGUGGUAAUGGUAACUUUAUGCAAGGACAGAUGGGCAGUGGUGCUCUUCAACCGAAUGGACCUCAGACAUCUGCCUCUGCUACUGUGUCUCAACCAGGGCAAAAAAACAGUUCAGUUAUGUCGGUGCAGCAGCAACCACAGCAGCAGGGUAGUUCUAAUAAUAGUGCAUUUCAAAGUAUUCAUGGCAUGUCUGCAUCAUCAGUAUUUUCAUCGAAGUCUCAGGCAGAGUUGGCAUGGGGUUCUAUUGGAUCCGGUCCCCAGUCUCAAGGAAGUGCUAAUAAUGCUGGUGGCGAUGCAGCUAAUGCAGGCAAGGGCAGUGGCAAUAAUGGACAACUUAAGUCAAGCGAAUCUGCUGCUGGUGGAUGGGGAGCUCCACCUCCUGUCGAAGGAGAUGCCAAACUUCCAGAUGGCUGGUCUGGAAAUCCAAGCUCCAGUGGUGACUGGGGAAAUUCUGUACCCUCCAGUGGUAGUCAGUGGGACUCAACUCCUACUACCAAACUGCAAGGGCCUCCGCAUCAAUGGCCUGGAGCAACUCCAGGUGCGGGGCAAAAUCAAGAUCCACCCAGAUCUCAGCCUACCUCUUGGGCUGAGGCAGCUGGGAAAGGCCUUACUACCAAUCCCUCCAAUGCUUCAUCAAAUCCAAGUGCUUCUAAUGAAAAUACGGUGCAGACUCCACCACAACAGGAGAGUAAUCCAAUUGACAUGGAAUUUCAGCGUGCAAUAGAUAGUCAUGAUGGAUGGGGUCAGCGUCCUGUUCGCCAAGAUACUGCAUGGGACAUGAGUCAGGCACCCAAGACACAAAGGAAACCUCCUCCUGCUACAACAGAGAAGAACCCUAACAGCAAUAUGUGGAAUAACAACAGUGGAACUGCAAUAUGGGAAGCCAGCAAAGACAAUGCACCGGCCUGGAAUGGCCCUCCUGGUGGUGGUCCACCUACUGGGGGACCUCCUGGUAGUGGUCCUCCUGGAAGUGGCCCUCCCGGUGGUGCUCCUCCUGGUGCUAUUCCUCGUCCAAAUCCUCAAACUGCACAGUGGGAUGGAAGUAGAAAUGAUCCAAAGUCGUGGACAGGCCCACCGAAACCAAGAGACCCAAACAACUGGGGAGGAACUUCAAAACCGGAGAAACCUGUCGCAGGACAGUGGGGAGGACCUGGUGGUAAUGAAGCUAGUCAGCAAGGAUCUGGUCAGUGGGGAAACAAAGUUGAAGUCGGAUCAUGGGGGAACACUGGUGAGCCUCCUGGAACAAUAUCCACCUGGGGCGAGACAACGAAGGGAAGGAGGGAAGUGGAUGAUGGCACUUCACUUUGGAACAGCUCUGCUGGACACAUGCAAAAGCCCCCCAGCAACUGGAAUGCUCCUCCAAAUCAACAGAAUACUCCAAAUACACCAAAUUCACAAAACAAUCCUAACAUGAUGCCCAUGCCAAGUAUGCCAUCUGGAAUGCAGACAGGGAUGCCUACAGGCAUGCCAGGUGGGAUGCCUACAGGUAUGCCAGGCGGGAUGCCUACAGGUAUGCCAGGUGGGAUGCCUACAGGUAUGCCAGGUGGAAUGCCAGGCGGUAUGCCAACAGGAAUGCCAGGAGGAAUGCCUACUGGAAUGCAAGGUCGCCCUGACGAGUGGAACCGCGGAAACAAACCACCACCCCCUCAACCAGGUCAAGGUUCUGGUUGGGGGGAACCACCACCACCAAAUAUGAAGGGAGAUGAUAGCAGUCGCUGGGUAGGGAACCAGCAGCAGCAGCAGGCUCGAGCUGGUGGUUGGGGCGAAACAAGUCAGUGGAACCCCAAGCAAUCAACCUCGUCCUCAUCCUCCAGCUGGGGAGAAGAAUGGAACCCCAAUGAACGAAAGGUAAGAAUUGGCAAUCCCAAACCAUCCUCCACCUCCCUCUCCAGCUGGGUGGGGCCGGACGGGGCUGACAUGUAUUGGAACAACCCACCUGACCCAUCCGGCUCUAGUUCAAAAUCCUUCAACUGGGGCGAGAAAGACAUGAUCUGGAACCACUCUGAUAAUAGGAAGGAUGAUAUGAUGUGGAACGAGGAUGGUUCUAGCAAUUAUGAUGAUGCUGACAUGGGAACCUGGAAUGACACUACUCAGGAAAACAACUCUUCCUGGAGUAGUGCUUCAGGUUGGAAGUUCGGAAGGAGGAAUCUUGUAAAGGUAAUAAAUUCAGGUGGUGCUACAAGCCGAUUCCCAGGUAGUGGGAACCAGCCGCAGAUGCGCAGCAGAUUGCUGCAACAGCUAAUGGAGAUGGGCUUCCAGAAGGAUGAAGCCCAACAUGCAUUGAUCAACAACAACAUGAGUUUGAAUCAUGCACUUGCUGAUCUCUACAAACAAAAAGGUGCUAGUGUUGUGAAAAGAGACGAUAUGGAUGUUUUCCAUCCAGAUGGUGCAAAGCCCAAACUGCCUGGGAUGGACAUAGGUGCAACAGAUCAUAAUGACAUAUCAGAUACUCAGUCGGAAAGCAAUCCAUUUGUGCCUAAUAUUAAUUCCAUGCAAAAUACUCCUUUUCCAAAUGCUCAAUCUCAAUUACCAAAUCAGUUCAUUGCCAAUUCUAUGAAGGGACCUAGUCUGACACAAUCUAGUCAAAAUAUGAAUCCCAGUAUUAUAAUGCCACAGCAACAAAGACACAUUCAAGAAAAGUUCAAAGUCCAGCAGCAAACAAUGAGUGCUCCCCCUCCAAUGCCCCCUCCAACUCAGGGUAUGGUAGCACGUGGGUCCAUUCCCCCUCCAAACCAAGCUGCUGUCCAACAACAAAUGGCACAACAACAAAUCCUCCAGCAGCUACAUUUAGCUGUGAAGGCUGGACUCAUCAGUCCCCAGCUGCUGAAUCAACAGCUGCCCCCUCCAUUGUUGAUCAUGCUGCAGCAGCUGUUGCAGCAUCAGCAGAGUCUACAGUCACAUAUCACCAUGCAACAGCUUCUGCAGCAGAACAAGAUGGGCCAGAAUCUGAAUCCUAUGGUACAACGACAGCAACUUGACUCGAUCAACACCAAAAUUAAUGCCAUCAAACAGCAAAUACUCCAUUUGCAACGCCAAAUUUCAGACGCACAAAAAGUGCUAAUGAAGCCUUCUCAACAACAGACUCCCACUGCUAUGCCUCCGAAUACACCUGCUGGUACUCUCUCACAACAGGAAGCUGAUCCAAUUAAUACGCUGCCAACAGAUCUUAAUAACCUUGCCAUUUCUACAAGUCAGCCUCAACCGCAAUCAAAGCUUAGUCAGUGGAGACGUUCAACAUCUGAAAAAGAUGGUGCUCCAGGAAGCUCCUCAGAGAGUGUCCCUACUACUACAACUACUCAGCCCAACGAAAAUGGUGCUCUCAACAAAGCUGUCGGCUCCAAGCCAAAUAUACAUCAGUCUCAAUCCACCCCGAACCUCCGUUAUGGAGACCUGGGUCUAGCCAAUCUUGGAGGAGAUCCCACAUGGUCCAACAUGCCAACUGUCUCGUCCUCCUCUGAAAAUUGGCCAAGUGCCAUAGGAACCUCAAGUAGCUCCAUCACAACUAGUAGCCAGAUGCCUACUGGCAAGGAUUCCGCUACAUUAGAUGUUGGGAAGGAUUUCCCAAAAGCCACAACCUCUGCUAGCUCAACGUUGAACCUCAAUGACUCCAUUCCAGAGUUUGUACCAGGUAAGCCAUGGCAGGGCAUAUCUAAAAGUGUUGAAGAUGAUCCACAUAUCACACCAGGAAGCUACUCGCGCUCCUACAGUCUCAGUACUCCAAAAGAGGAUGAUCUAUCGUCCUUAACUAAAACCAGUCCAAGCACAUCAGAGUCUCCAUCGUGGUCCAAGAACCCACAGCAAAUUGGAAGAUCCUGGAGUGGUGUAGACAAUGUCAUUCCGACCUCUUUCUCCAAUGAAGUCUGGGGCGUUCCUCUACCAAAGAAUGCCUCUCGUCCCCCUCCAGGACUGAUGCAGCAGAACAAACCAGGAGGAAACUGGACUGGAGUCAACCGCCAGCAUUCCUGGGCCGGUUCAGGAAGCACUGGCAAUUGGAUUGGAGCUCCUUCCAAUUGUUUGCUUCUACGGAACUUGACUCCACAGAUUGAUGGAUCAACACUUCGUACUCUAUGCCUACAGCAUGGACCGUUGAUCUGCUUUUAUUUGAGCCUGAAUCAAGGACAAGCCCUUGUUCGGUACAACUCCAAGGAGGAAGCAAUCAAAGCUCAAAAGUCCCUAAACACUUGCGUUCUUUCAAACACAACUAUUGUAGCAGAAUUUGUAUCCGAAGCAGAAGCAGUACGAUUUGCCGAGAAUGCCAUGUCAACUUCUCAGCCUAGUCAGUGGUCUCAACAGCAACAGCAAUCACAGCAGUACAGGUCUACUGUUGGAGGAGGGGGAAUGGGCAGGUCUGUUUCUACCAGUGGUGUGGGGGAUCUUGGCUCAUGGAACACCACACCCUCAGUAGUCCCAAUGGCUCCGGGGAUCCAGAACAGUAAUAGUAUGUGGGGGGCAGGAUCAGGACAGGGUAGUGGGGGGUUAUGGGGAAUGGAAGACCACAGUGCUAGUUUGCUUGGUAAUAUGUUAGGGGAGUCUAUGUAAACUGUUUUGUUUUCUUUUAUAUUAUUAAAUGUGGUUUCCCUCCCAUGUCGUGUGUGAUCUCCAAUUCAUGCGGGUUAGUCAGAGGUGGGAGCAGUAUUCCAAUAGUGUUAUUAUUAUUGAUUCAUUAUUAUUAAUAUUAUUGUAGUUGUUAGAUAAGCAUCAAAUGUGUUCUCGAGUUGUUGGGUUCUAUGGUGAGACUGCCAGACACCAGAGUUGAUGCAAAUACUUUGGUGCUUGCUGCUUCAAAGAAGUAAAGCCCAUUUUUAUUUUUUCAUACUUCUGAUGAAGUAUUUUUAAGUCUUUCAGAAUUCCCUUGUUCUUGUCAGGUAGUCUGGAUAGUUUCUCACCAAAAUCUGGCAACUCUUCUGAUGAAGGUUAAGUCAUCUGCACAAAAUAACCUCAGAUUUCAUGUUUGUAAGAGUCUUUUAUUUAUGUCAGUCACUCAUGACUUCUUUAAUUGCCAUUUUGUAAUGCAAAGAUAUGAAUGCAACCAGAUGUAUGUAAAAUGUACUGUAUUUAAAGAGCAAAAAAAAGAAAAAAAAUAUAAAAUAUCUAUCAAAUGGGUAUGUGUGAAUUUAUUUUUAUGAUGUUUGGAUUGAUGAACCUGUUGUUGUAUUGCAGGUUAUUUUACUGUGAUAUUGAAAAAUGAAUAUAUAUCAAUCAGUUUAAUUUAUGUUAUAAUACUAUGUAGUUGUAGAAAAUGUUGAUGAAUGUUCUGCCGAGUGUGUGUGUGGACACACGGUGAUUAUUAUUGACUAUAUAUUAUAUGAAUAUUCCAUGUAAUGUGAUUGUACAGUCCACUGCCAAGUCUGUCUUAUGGUGGACUGGCGUUCUCUUUUUGUCUUCUUAACUGAAUUGUUGAAAUGUCAUUCCUUAAUUAAUAAUCUAUAUUGGCCAAACAUUUCAUUAUUAUGAUAAUGAUACAAUAAUGAUGACAAUUUGUUGCUAUAUAAUUUAUAUGUAGCCAUAUUUUUGUUCAUGUCUUUGAAGGUUUUUUUGGGUUGUGUGACUGUGCUUGCUCAAGAGCGUGUGCUGUUUUUUUCCCCCCAUAAUAUCUAUAUUCAAUCAUUCUAUUGUACGACAGAAUGUUGUGAUUUUGCAAACAAUACAGGGUGUCCUGUAAUUUGUUCCCUCUUAGUGCUACAGGUGAUACUGUGUAAACCAGAGUUUAUAUACAUUUCUCACCCACCAAAUUUUUAGCCCACUCUUUAUCAAGAAAAAUACUGAUACACAAAUGUUACUGAUCAUGUUUUGUAAGUUAUAUGAUGAAUCCAUGAAAAGUGUUCGUUUUAUAUAUUAUAUGUUUCACAAAUAGUGUAUGAAUGUUUUUGUUUGAUUCGUAAAAUAUGUGUCUUAUUUCAAGUGAAAUUGUUUUGAAUGUCUCGCUUGCUUACUGAAACAAUCAGAAGACCAACUACUGCUGUAUUGUCUGAACACAGCCGCCCAAACAUCCUGACUUCCAUGUUUUGUAUAAUUAUGAAUAGCAUAAUGGUGAACACUAUGAGCGCAUUUUGUUGGUAGAUUGUAUGUUGUUCUCUUUUUUAAUAUAUAGAUACCUACCUAUGGCAUUGUAUCAAAAUGAUCUGGUUCUAUGCCCCAUGUUUGGGUGAUGGGAUUCAUGCUAAUGUAGUAGUGCCAGUCUUUAGAAUUCUCAAAUUGCAGAGUCAGCAGCAUUUUAUUUUUUUGUACAUUGUGAUAAAUUGAAGUAGUUGACCUCAGAUGGACUAAUAAGAAUAUUAUAAUGGCAAAAGUUUCUGUUCAUAGCGUAUUGUGAUUCCAUUAUGGUGAUGUCAAAGCCUGUUAUGCCCCCCCAAAAUAGAAACAUACCAGGCCUGACUCGCCGAGUGAUGCUAUAAUUACGUUUAAGUAUGUUAUUAACCAUUGGAGACAAUGAUAUUGGUAACACUACCAUUAUGUAUGUACCUGUUAAUUCCAUUUGUAUUUAAGGUAAAGAGAGGAAAGUUAUAUAUAUUAAAAAAAAAUCAUACAAAAAAAUAUAAAGAUGUAUGUAUGUAAAGUACUUACAAAAACUCUGCUUUUAUAUGACCAAAUGUUUGACAUAGAUGAUGGUAUUAAGUGGAUAAGGAGAAGCCUGGAGAACUAGAUUGCCAAAGCUCUGGUUGAUAUCCUAGGAUAGAUUGAUCGGCAGGCAGCUUUUUUAUCCUCAAAGUGAUAGAAAAUUACAUUUUGACAUGACAUGUAUAUUGUGCUCGUAGCAUGCUUUGAAAUGUAUUAAUAAAACUUUACCAUGUGA